UAAUUUUUGUUUACUUCCUCCUCAUCACAAUAAAAUUUCUUUUAUUUUUUCUUAAAAUAUCAUCCACAACAAGUAUUUAAUAUAUAAAACAAACCCAGAAGUAUUAUGUCUAUAUCGCUGGAUGUAAGUUUUUUAUCUAGCGAAGGCUUUUCCAUUAAACCACCUGCAACAAUAUUCGAUGAGAUAGAAGGUCUCUUUGCUACAAGUGAUAAGGAUUUUUCUCCAAAUGUGCCAUUCACUCCAAAUGAUUCUAAUUUCCUUAAACCACAAGAAACCAUUUCCACGUCUCUUCUCCACGAUGACAAAUCCUGUGGAAUUCCCUCCCUCGUCAACUCUGAUUUCCUUCUCAAUGAAGAAGCCCACGAAGAUCAACAAUUGUUUAUGGUUGAGUCGGACGGACUCAAACCAAUUACAUCUCCUUUUAUGGUUCCGGGAAUUUACAAAAGAAUUCCCCAUUCGACGAGAAUUGACCCGGAACCAACGACAGACAAGGUGACAUCGAAAAAUGUUUUCAUUUGUUCCACCGAGAAAUCUGGGAAGAUUCUGGCGGCAAAUGUAUUUAAAGAUGCUUAUAUUAAUUUGGAGGAAGAAAGUGUGGAACCUGAACCUCCACCGCCAACAACUGUCAAGGAAUCUCCGGCUCCUCCGAAGCCAGAUAGCUUGACAAUGUUGGCUUAUGAUAUCUUGAAGCUAUCGAAUAGGGAUAACAUUGUUAUCGAUAGGGAAAGAAACGAGAUUAUCCGCCACGAAGGUGAACUCAAUCGGAAGACAAUCUACAGAUUCUUGACGCCCAAGACUCUCGGGCUGUCGUCAGAGAUGCUGGCAUCUCUAAUUAAGAAUGAAUCCCAUCGCGAAUAUCUGCCUCCGACAAAAUCCAAGCGUGGAAGACCUCGUAAAAACAAAGAACCAGAUAAACCACCACCUCCUGGUCCAUCACCAGCAUCAGAACCACCACCACAACCCCCUCUAGUUGCCACUUCUCCUCCCAAAGUUCAAAGAACCCGUUCGGGAAGAAUAGUUAAAUCUGUUUUUGAACCACUUCCGCCUUCUGAACCAGAACCUGACAAUGCGGAGCCUGAAAACGCAGCCUCAUUCAUGCGGAAUUUCCUCCGAGACCUCAAAGACUCUGAAUACCAAUCAAAACCUAGUCCAACACCGCCGCCAGAGUCACCACCACUUCGUACAAAAACCCGAAAACUCUCAGCUGACUCUUACUGUCCAACGUGCAAUAAAAUAUUCUUGGGCAAGCGAAUGCAGCACCAUUUUAAUGCCUUCCCUGACCAUCGACCGAAUUUGGAGCGUCAGAAGAUGUUCGAAGAGAUGUCGCUGUUCAAGUUCCUUGUUGGUAAAGUUCAAAGAACAUCUCAGGACCAACGUGCUGAUGUCUUCCUGAACGAAAUAUCAGACUUAGUUGAACAACUUCAAGCUCGAAGUUCUCAAAUGAUUCGAAACACCUCGGGACUUCAGUUUGUCUCAUCAAAAACUUCAAAAGUCUUGGGAAUCCCAGAAGGUCAUUACUCACUCGAUGUGAAUUCGAUUGAUGCUCCACCCGAUCCAAUUGUUAACUUUGAGAAUUUAGCACCACCGCCGGUUGUGGUUCCUCGAUUGGAUUAUAAUUUGAGUAUGUCGCUGGACGAUACAUCUGCCGAAGCUAAAAUGCAUCUUUCGGGGGCAAUUGCAUCGGAAGAGAGUUUACUGCGUACUGUGGAUGAUUUGAUGAAGGAAGGAAUGAAAAAGUUGGAUCAUGAUUUGUUGCAUCCAACGCAGCCACAAGUGAUACAUUAUGAUCAUGGCAGUGAUAAUGCAGUUGAAGCGGUUUCAAUGAAGGAGACAUCACAAGGAACGCCUAUAUUGGAUCUUUCGUUGGAUAUGUUUCAAUUUAAUAGCAAUUAAAAGAGAGAAUACAAAUAUACUAUACCGACUGAGUACUCAUGUUUUUAUGUUGAGUUUUUAUGAGUUAAGUUAAAAUUACAAAAAGUAACGAACAAAAUAUUAAAAGAGUUGUUUUCUUAAACAAA